AUAUAUCAUGAUUUUGUACUAGAACAAAAAUGCAUGAGAUUGAUGGUCUAUUGUACCCAAAUAGCAUUGUUCGCGGUCUGGUUAUAAGAUGUCUAUAGUUUCAUAUACAACAAGUCAAUUCUUUCUUAUAGGAAAACACUAGAAAAAAGUGAUCCAUGAGAGUCCCAAACUUCAAAUGUAGAGUAUAUACUAGAGUUAUUGGACUAGCAAACCAAGUUUGGGGUUAUAACCAUGUAUUUGUUUUGUCAUCAAUAAGACUAUGCCUGGUUUGGGAUUUUUUUUUUACCUAAUGAUUGUUAUUAAUUUUUUUGCUUGAUUUCUUUUUAAGCACGAAGGCUUGGAAGAGAAGUGUAAAUUACGUUGGCAUAUAAUUGUAAUUUUCAUAUGACAAAAAAGGACAAAGUGUUGAUGCUCCUUAUACCUCUUGCAACAUUAUGAUCAAAAGGGCAAUGCAUGACAAUUAUAACAAAUAUAUAUAUAUAUAUAAUAGUGCAUAACUUGACUUAUAUAUUAAAGGGAAGUGUAUCAAUCACAUGUAAUCUCUUUAGUCUUGAACAUUAUCUUUUUUGGUCAAUAAAUGUAAUAUUAUUUUAAAUAAUCUCAGCCCUCACAGAUUGUUUCUCUCCCCUCCGCUAGAGCCUAGAGUUUCUGAAUGAAUCACCCAUGUCUUCAUCCUAAAAGAACAAAUAAUAUGAUUCCUUACCAUCCAAAGGAUUUGUCAAGAAACACUUUCUCCAAGUCCAGUUGUUUUGUUAAUGUUGAAAUGCAUAAUAUGUCAAUAUUUGUGAUUAUUUAUAUUUUUUUUCUUUAGAUUGAGGUAAAUUAACUUUCUUUCAUGUUUCUCAUUAGAUGCGAGAACUAAUAAUUAACAAAAACCAUUUUCUCCGUGAUGAUUACUCGCCACUAGAGCAAAACUAUAACUAUUAUAACAGUUGCUCAACCUUUCGAAUUGCCAUAAUUCUUUUCAAACAUUUAAGAAGAUUUCAACAAUCAAAUAAUAUAAUAUUUGCCUAUUAAACGUCAAAAUUAAUGGUUGCACUUCCAAGACAACACAUGACAAAAUGAUUUUCUAUUGUAUAGAAACAAUAUCUAGAUAAAGUUAACCGGAACAUAGUUAGAACUUUAUUCUCUUAUUAUCCACAUAACACAUAAAAAUUAUAUGAAAAUAAAUAAAACAAUUGAACCAUGAUUAAUUAGAGCAUGCCCGUGCCUCGCACGGGUUAUAAAGCUAGUUUUUUAAAAAUAGAGAAGAUUGUAAUUGGAAUACCCAUGGUUUCAUAACCCGACAUAAAAAAAAAUUGGGUUAAUAAUCAUCUAACCCAAAUCUAAUAAGUCGGUUAGGGAUUUUGAUUAUUUUUUGUCCAACCCAACCGAACCUGUAAUAUAAUAUGGGCUGGGCUCCUGAAUAUUAUAUUAUCUUACCUUACUGGACUAACAUUAGUAUUUUACUGGAUUAAUACUUAAUAACAUUUAAGCUAAACCACUAGUCGAAUAUAUCUCUUAACAAAAUAAACCCUAAAAAAUUUAGAAACAUAUCGCGGCAUCACAUUUGAGGACUAAGAAGUGAAGGGCGAUAUAAUAGGCGAAGAUCAAUCCAUCAUCAUUUCCGUUCCUUCUUCGAUUUCAUCAAUCAAUUGAGGACGGAGGAAGUAAUUUCAAAUCGUAAUCGUUACUAUAAAAACGGAAAUACGGUAAGCAAGAAAAUAACAGCGUUGCAAAGAUGGCAAGGAAAGAGGGCAAAAUGAAUGUCAGCAGCAUCGAUGCCUUAGGUGAUGAUCUUCUCCGAAACGUGCUCAGGAGAUUACCUUCCUCUUCUUUCGCAUCUGCUGCCUGCGUUAGCCGCUAUUGGAAUCAUCUCUGUGACACUGUCCUCUGCACUCCCAAACUCUCCUCUGCUCACUCUAGCAAUCCUUCUCUCCAGGAAGCAGUUGAAGAGGUGUUCAACAAGGUAUUUGCAGAGCUGAUUCGACCUCAUUUUGCAAUUGUAACCGUCACUUCUCUCGAUUUAGAAGAGGCUCGUCAGUUGAUUACUAAGAAGUUAGGAUCAACCAUUCCGAUCAUUUACACAGCACCUACUGGACUAAUUGGAAGGGAUGCUAUUACAAAUGAAUUUAAAGAGAUUAGGUGGCAAGUAUAUUUUGAUCGAAAUUAUUCGUAUUCGGUCAGUUUUGAUGAUGAUGACAGUGCUGUCCGUCAGAGGCGAGUCAUUUGUUUGACUGUUGGUUUUUUACCGGGAUUGAAAGUUGCAGCAGUCCCACUCUUUCAGUCAUAUAUGGUUCCAUUUGUGGAUGAAUUUUUGGAAGAUAUUAGUGAAUGCGUUACAUCUGUUUCAGGAUGCAUGGCACCAAUUGGGAUGAUAUUAUUUACAGAUGGAAGUAUGGACUCAGAUAAUCUUCUGCGAAAAAUGGAUUAUUCCAUGUCUCCAGAGACUGUCAUUGUUGGUGAUCGCUGUGGAGAGUUUUUAUGUGGAAAUGAUUCUAUGAACAAGAGAUCUAAGAGAAAAAGGCAACCUCUUUUUAUGGUUGCUGUUGCCCUACUAUUCAUGCAAGAUCCGAAUAAGCCUCCUGGCAUAGGCGAUAUUAAGCUGCAUGUUGCUUUAUCUGCUGGCUUAGUACCUGUAGGUCACACAUAUGAAGUGACUUCUGUAAAUGAAAGCAGUUUUUAUUGGACAAAACUCACUGCGAGAAGCGAAAAUUCAGAUCAGAACUUUGAUGAGCAAACUCUUCGGAACAUUUUCGGAAUUGGAAAUCAAGCUCUAUUUGGUGCUUAUAUAGGGAUUGUGAAGAAAAGAAAGGGCAUUGCUGGGUUUGAAGAAGUAAAUUGGUUAUCAUCCCAAAUAUUUCAUGAAGUCCACGGGGAUGACAAGGAGUACCUGGUUGUUGAUAGUGGUGCUGAUAUUAAAACUGGUGAUUGUUUCCGUUUCUUUAAGGAAGAUUCUCAUAUGACAUCUUCUUCUCUUAGACAAGUCUCCGACAAAUUUAGAGAUUUGAAGAUAAGUUGUGAUGUCGGGAAUUCUGAUCGUCAGAGGAUUAGACCUGCUAAUAGCGAAAAAAUGAAAAUCUUUGGUGGCAUUAUAUUUUCUUGCAUCAGUCGUGGCAAGCCACAUGGAAAAGCUAAUUUAGGAAGCUCUCCUUUCUUGGAGAAUUUUCCUGAUGUCCCAUUGGCUGGAUCAUUCUGUGUUGGAGAAAUAUGUCGCGGGGAUUCAAGUUCAUAUGGUCAGCUAUCUGAAGAAGGUUCUCACCGGUGCUGCCUGCAUUACAACAGCAGUGUUUAUCUACUCAUGUCCUACACUCCAUCUUCGCAGGGAAGCUAGCAGUUUUUGUUUUAGAGUACUAUAAAACCACCUCAAGAUGAUUUCCCUUUAUUUGUUCUUGACUUGUUAAAUGUUAUCCUCUGGGUUUGUGUCCUUGUGGGCAAUGCGCUACAUAAAUUCUGAUUUUAACUAGGUAAAACUUGCGCAAAUUUGAAUUUAUGAAAAUUUCUUUAGACUUAA